CGCAGCGCAAUGAUUGCAUCUGUGUGAAUCCAACCCCAGGCACAAUGCUGCACGCUUCAUGUCAAUCCUCGGCUCUUUGGUCAGCCCACUCCACGGGAAUACGAUCUCCACCACAGUGGUACGCUCAAUCGGAUUCAGCCCGCGACAUAGUCGAGCUAUCCGCCGCAGAAAUGCUCAUCAGUCGACAAAUUCAUUUGUACAACAGUCUAAAUUCAUCAAAACGCCUGCGGUGACAAGCGAGGAUCUAGAAAGGAUAUUCAUCAAUUCAUUGGUCGCAGCAAGCUCGUGCUCUCUCCACCAGAACACCAGCAAUGUUCAACGUGGCAGCUUGAAACGGCCAACUUCGAAUCGCUCGGAUCAAAAGGAGCUUUCAACCCUUCAACGUCGAGGUUUUUCAUCUGGUCCCAGAAAAAAAACCGUCAUACAGCUCGCCUCUGAACCCGAUGAGAUCGAGAAAGCACGGAGGGCAAUACCGCGGAUCACCCCGGAGGAAUAUAAAGAGCUGGUAAAUACAUAUGCUGGCUUCGGAGGCAAAGUACGAAACAAUGAGCGCGCCUCGAAAAACAAGGCGUACUUCCCGUUGGCGCCACGACUUUUCAUGACGCCAGAGCAAGAGGAUGCAUAUGCACUUCACGGACGAAACCAUCUUCUACAGCCAAGAGAUGCAGAAACCAGACAACGUCUCAAAUUCCUCCGGAGGCUUUUAGCAAGGCCACUCGGUGGUGUAUCACAAGAGGAAUUGUGGCAGGCGUAUGAGAAUCUGCCAGAGCACCGGCCUCGCUAUCUGAACGAUGCGAGCAUUCAGCGCAUGUUUCGACAUCUGGCUUGGGUUGAGUUUCGUACUACGACAAACGCCAUGCAACGUUAUCUGGCUUUUCUCAAUCAUUGUAGUGAAGAGGGCCUGGAAUUGAAUGCCGACAUCUGGAAUACUGCAAUAUCCUUUUCGGCGAGAUGGAUCCGACGGACGAGUACGGCGGAAUUCAAAGCCGCUGUGGAGACCUGGAUGAGGAUGGAGGAAGCAGGGUUUGAACCUACCAAUGUUACGUUCAACAUUCUGUUCGAUGUUGCCAUCCGCGCGGGACGGUAUGGACUUGCAGAUACCAUCUUCCAGGAGCUGGUCACGCGAAAGAUGCCACUGAAUCGUUUCUUCCGCACCAGUGUCAUCUUCUACGCGGGAUUGCAGAAGAACGGUGACAACGUCAGGAGUGCUUUCCGCGAUCUAGUCAGCAGUGGCGAAAUCGUCGACACUGCAGUCAUGAAUUGCGUCAUGCUGUCGCUCAUCCGUGCUGGCGAGGGUGCCGCCGCCGAAAACGUCUUUGGCAAAAUGAAGGCCCUCCACGAGGAGAAAUUCGGCAUCGCCGGUCCCCAGUCAUGGCAAGCGCAGAAGCGACUCGGCCGCUUCCUCGACCACACGGCGCGCGCGUUGCGGGAGGAGCGCAACACGAUGCAGAACUCCUUCUUCGGCACCGCCUUUUCGAACGAAGACCGCAAGGAAGCGAUUCAAAACGCCACCCCACUCGCGCCGAAUGCGAGAACCUAUCGCAUUCUCAUCGCCUACCACGCAGAGACCUCGGGAGACUUGGAUCGGAUCCGCGACUUGAUGGCGGAAAUGUCGGAUCGGGGCCUGGCGAUUCACGGCAGCGCCUAUUUCCUCUGUUUGAAAGGGUUCAUUGCCCACGGAGGGAUUCACCGCUGGAGAUCGUCCUGGUGCCAUAUGGCGCUUGAAGAACUUUGGGCGGAUUUCAUCGCUGCUGCUGCUGCUGCUUCAUCCUCUUGUGUUCCAACGACCACCGCAGACCUCGACACCGAUCCCGCACGCCCCUCGCGGACCGUGGUUCCCACAGAGAUCCUCAAGGAUGCUAGUUCCGAUCUUACCAGCAGCGACCACGACCAUCUCCACCUCGUCCCCGAUAACAAACUCUCCGAAGAAUCCCGAGCGCCGUACUUCACGGUGGCUCUCACGUGUGUCGCGCUCAGGGCGUUUCAUCGCUGUGCAGGUCGAAGACGUAUGCUGCAAGUCUGGCAGGAGAUCCAAUCGCAGCUGUGGCAAGGCAUGACGAUGGAUCAACGAUUGGAAGUACAGGAGACGGUGGAUUCAUUGAGAUCAUAGAUGGGCAUGACGGGAUUCUCCUUUUUUUCCUCUUUCAAACAUGACCUACUUCUUCCUCUUCUCUAAUUGUCUGGAGCCUGACGGGGGAUCCAGGUGUAGUAUAAACUUAACGAAUAUUGUACAUUUAUAGAGAUCACAUUUCGAGACAUUUUUCAUCUUCCA